AUGGUUGACCGCAACCUGCGGGAGGCCCCAGCAGAUGAAAUUGCUGCUCUGGCAUAUCAGGAGUUCCAGGACCAGAAGAUGACUUCCUCGGUUUAUCCAGCCUUGGGCGGCUACACCUCGUCGUCAUCGAAAGAGACCUUCCCGAAGGUCCUCAAUACCAGUGCCAUGCCGACAUCCACUGAAGGGCCGCUGACCAGGGAGGAGCUGCUACAGGGCAUGGCGCAGGAGGCGGAGCGACAGAAG